AUGUCUAAUGAAGUGGACCACUGUACCACUAAGUACUUAGACAAUGAGCUGAAUGCGCUAAAGCCUCUAGCAGUAUGUAGCUCGUCAGCAGAAAGUACAGCCAAGAAAAAAGGUAAGGAUGAUAAUAGGGCUGGUUCUGGCUGGUUUGUUUCGGCGUUUCUUGUUGUCAACACCACAUUGGGAGCUGGGAUUUUAAACUUUCCCAUGGCGUAUCAUCAAGCUGGUGGAAUCUUUACGGCAGUCAUCGUACAAACAGUUUUGGUGUUUUUUGUUGUUGUAGCGAUCUACAUCAUCUGUUACUGUUCUGACAUCAAGGGAAGCAACACCUACCAAGACGUGGUUCUCUCCAUCUGUGGCCCUAAAGCCCAGCUGGCUUGUGCAAUCAGUAUAGCCAUCUCCAGUUUCUGCAUUUGCAUAACUUUUCUAAUUAUAAUUAGUGAUCAAUGGGAAAUAAUUUUCCUGAAUGUUUCAUACAAUCACUAUUGUAACUCCAGUCCAUUCUACAUGUCAAGAGCUUUUAUUAUAACAGUCACAUCUAUAGCCUUCAUACUUCCGUUAUGUUUUCCUAAAAGAAUUGACUUUUUGAGAUAUGCCAGCAUUAUUGGCGUUAUAGGUAUCCUGUAUGUAGUGGCACUUGUGACCGUCAAAUAUUUUCUACCUCAUGAUAAUCAAGGAAUUAUUGCCACUCGACCAAAGUCAUGGGUCGAUGUAUUUCUUGUCGUCCCAGAAAUUUGUUUUUCUUAUGAGUGUCAUGUCUGUAUCGUCCCCAUUUACUCCUGUAUGGCCAAGCGUAACAUGAGAGAGUUCUCUAAAACAGUAACACUUGCCAUGAUAUUGUGUAUUAUAACUUACACAGGCAUAGCAUCUCUUGGAUAUCUUCAGUUUGGUGACUUAGUCACACAUGACAUACUGCUGUCGUUUAACCCAACAGCCGAGAUUAUGGUGGCUGUAGUUCUUGUUGCAGUGAAGACAUACACCACAUAUCCUAUAUUUUGUUUUCUGGGAAAGUCCGCAUUCGACACAGUGUGGGGAAUGUUCUGGAAAAUGACCCCAGAAGAAAUUUUACACAGAGAAAAGACGAGACGCAUAAUAACCACAUUGGUGUGGUUCACCUUGACCCUGCUACUGUCCAUCUUCAUUCCUAAUAUAGGCGUUGCCAUAGAGAUCAUCGGUGCUUUUCUGGCAGUAUUUAUUUUCGUAUUUCCAGGUUUAUGUUUGUUGAAGACUAUGCAGAAUAGAAUUGAAACAGGAGAGAAACAGCCCAAGACAGUUCACGUAAUGAAGGGAAUAGCCAUCGCCUUUCUCAUUGUUGGUGUGUUUAUCUUUGGACUGACGUUGUCGCAAUCUAUAAUGAAAGACAUUCGUGGUGUCAAGCGUGACUCGUCUAUAUUCACGUGCAGAUAG